AAAAUAAAUUUGUCUUUCUCUUGAUAUGAUAAAGCGGACAAGUAAAAGUGAACGGAGGGAGUAUCUCAAAAGUUAAAUUGUUUCUAAUUAUAGAAAGGUGACAUUUUUUUUUGACAGGCUAAAAAGUAAAGUGUGCCAUAUAAUAUAAAUUGGGACAGAGGGAUUACUAAAUAUACAUAUACUAUACAUACCUAUACACAACCUCCUAUACAGACGAAGUGUAUAGGCAGUGUUUGGUAAACUAGAUGGCCGAAGGGUACAUUUAGCUAAGUUCCCGUUUGAAUAGUCCUCCAAUCUCAAAAAAAAAAAAUCUCAAAAAAUAGUCCUCAAAUUUGUCUGCACAUUUUCAGGGAAUGACAUGCGGCGGCUGUUCAUCGAGCGUGAAGAGAAUUUUAGAAAGUCUCCCACAAGUUUCUUCUGCUACUGUAAAUCUUACGACGGAGACAGCAAUAGUGUGGCCAGUAUCUGAAGCGAAGGUUGUACCAAAUUGGCAAAAGGAGUUGGGGGAGGUCCUUGCAAAGCAUUUGACUACUUGUGGGUUCAAAUCUAAUGUUCGAGAUUCCAGAAGGGAAAACUUCUUUGAAAUAUUUGAGAAGAAGAUGAACGCAAAGCGUAUUCAGUUGAAAGAAAGUGGUCGUGGGCUUGCCAUCUCGUGGGCUUUAUGUGCAGUGUGCCUUGUCGGGCAUCUCUCCCAUUUUCUUGGAGCUAACGCUUCAUGGAUCCAUGCAAUUCAUUCCACGGGUUUCCAAAUGAGUCUGUCUCUGUUUACAUUGCUUGUACCUGGUCGACAACUUAUUAUUGAUGGUCUGAAAAGCCUAAUUAAAGGAUCACCAAACAUGAAUACAUUAGUUGGUCUUGGGGCCAUGUCAUCGUUUGCUGUGAGCUCAAUGGCAGCCUUAAUACCAAAACUGGGUUGGAAAACAUUCUUCGAGGAACCUGUUAUGUUGAUUGCUUUUGUCUUGCUGGGAAGAAACCUUGAGCAGAGAGCUAAAAUUAAAGCCACAAGCGACAUGACAGGCCUUCUCAAUGUCUUGCCGUCUAAAGCAAGACUUGUAGUCAGUGGAGAUUCAGGGGAAUCGAGCUCCACAGUUGAAGUUCCUUCUAACAGUCUGUCUAUCGGAGAUCAGAUCAUUGUUUUACCUGGGGACCGUGUUCCAGCUGAUGGAAUUGUCAGAGCCGGUAGAAGCACAAUUGAUGAAUCAAGUUUUACUGGGGAGCCGUUACCUGUCACUAAAUUACCUGGGGCUGAAGUUGCGGCAGGAAGUAUAAAUCUUAAUGGAACACUUACUGUUGAAGUGCGACGACCAGGUGGUGAAACUGCAAUUGGGGACAUUGUUAGAUUAGUAGAAGAAGCACAGAGUAGAGAAGCUCCUGUACAGCGGUUGGCUGACAAGGUUGCUGGGAAUUUUACUUAUGGGGUAAUGACACUUUCUGCUGCCACAUUUAUGUUCUGGAACCUUUUUGGUGCUCGCGUUCUGCCUCCCGCCCUUUAUCAUGGAAGCGUUGUUUCGCUAGCGUUGCAGCUCUCAUGUACUGUGCUGGUUAUUGCCUGUCCAUGUGCACUUGGUCUUGCCACUCCUACUGCAGUGAUGGUUGGAACCUCCCUUGGUGCCACUAAAGGCUUGCUUUUGCGUGGUGGAAGUGUCCUAGAAAGAUUCUCAACGGUGAAUACAAUUGUGUUUGAUAAGACUGGGACACUGACUAUCGGUAGACCAACUGUGACCAGAGUUGUGUCUCAAGGUCAAGGCCAUCAAGAAGAUCCAGAUGGAAGACAAGAUUCAACUUCACCUUGUCAGUGGUCAGAAGUUGAUAUUCUGAAGUUCGCUGCUGGAGUUGAAUCAAAUACCAAUCAUCCAAUUGGAAAAGCAAUUGUAGAGGCUGCUCAGACUGCAAAUUCUCCAAAGUUGAAGGUUUUGGAUGGAUCAUUCACGGAGGAGCCUGGAUCUGGUGCUGUAGGGUAUAUAGAUAAUAAAAGGAUUUCUAUUGGCACACUAGAGUGGGUCAAAAGGCAUGGAGUUCUUGAGAAUCCAUUCCAAGAAUUUGAUGACUUCAAGAACCAAUCAGUAGUAUAUGUGGGAGUUGAUGGCGUCCUUGCUGGUCUAAUUUAUGUUGAGGACCAAAUCAGAGAAGACGCAAGGCAUGUUGUUGAAUCUUUGUCGAAACAAGGAAUUAAUACUUAUUUACUGUCUGGUGACAAAAAGAAUGCUGCCGAGUACGUUGCAUCUAUUGUUGGCAUCCCUAAGGAAAACGUUUAUUAUGGAGUCAAACCAGAUGAAAAGAACAAGUUUGUAAGCAGGCUACAAAAGGAUCAGAAAGUUGUAGCUAUGGUCGGAGAUGGAAUAAAUGACGCUGCAGCCUUGGCAACAGCACAGGUAGGAAUAGCUAUUGGUGGCGGAGUUGGAGCUGCAAGUGAUGUGUCUUCUAUUGUACUGAUGCAUGAUCGGUUAUCUCAGUUGCUCGAUGCUCUGGAGCUAAGCAAGCUAACAAUGAAGACUGUAAAACAAAAUCUUUGGUGGGCCUUCGGAUACAACAUAGUUGGAAUUCCAGUAGCUGCUGGAGUCCUGCUGCCAUUUACUGGAACCAUGCUUACUCCGUCAAUCGCAGGAGCUCUCAUGGGCUUGAGCUCUAUUGGCGUGAUGACUAAUUCAUUGUUGCUGAGACUCAAGUUUGAAUCGAGGCAGAAGGAAAUUCAUGGACCAUCAGUAAUAGUUGAUAUCCCUUCUGAUGCUUCUGAUAGCUUGAAUCAAGAAAAGUUAAGACAUCCAUAUCCAACCUCCAGAUAGUGAUCCUCACAAGCCAAGUCAGUGAUUGAUUCCAACAUUCAGUUAUGCCUCUGCUUGGGUACCUAUCAGUUGAAGGAAUUGUAACCAUGCAAUUGCUGCUGUUUGGAGGGACGGGGGACCCUGCUUCAGCUUAAGCUAAUCAGCGAUCAGAAUCUAAUGGAUCCCACUCCUGCGGUUUAAUUUGGUUGGGGGAUGGGGAAUCAUUUUGUUCAAUCACAGACUACAUGCUGUAACUAUGUACGUACUAAGUAUGUUUCUAGGCACUGAGUCGACCUAUCAAGGGAGCUGCAGACAAUCUGGUUAAGGAUUCAAUGGAGUGAUAGCCAGGUCGCGUGAAGAAAUGUCACUCAUAGGUUCCACUAAAUUUGGGCCGAAAUGUCACGCGGCGAUGCUUUUUUUUUUUUUUUUUCACACCCACAUAUCAAUAAAGGGUGCAGUAUGGCAUUAAAGAUUUGCAAGAUAGAAGAUAACAAACACCAUUUUCCCGUUAGUAUGAACCAAAGAAGAAAUGUCGAAGCGUUUGGACAAAAAUCAAUCAGCCGUGGUCAAUCUUAAAUUAGUUGGAGUCAAAUAAAGUUCAUUCUGUCCUA